AUGGAAACUGAUGAUUAUAUUAAUACUAAUUUUACAAAUAUUGAUGAUUUAAACAACUUAGAUUCAAAAUUACAACAAUUAAAUCAAUUGGUAACCCGGAUCAAUCAAGUUGCAACAAAUAAAUUAUCAAAUAAUACUGGAGAGAUACAGAAUAAUCAACAAGUUGAGGAACCGAAAGUAGAUGAGAGUCAAUUGAGUAGCACGAUUGAUUUAAUUGAAACACAAUUAAGAGAAAUAGCUGAAUCUAAUGAUUUAAAUACAAAUAUUUUCAAAAUUGAUCAAUUGAUUCAAGAAUAUGGUUCAUACCACAAAUUCAUUAUACUAAAAAGCAAACUACAAAAUAAAUUACAAAUUCAAAAUGAAAUAGAACAUUUAACAAAAGUGUCAAACAUUGAGAAACAAUUAUUAUCAAACAACCUAUCAGUGAAGCAUUUAAUUGAAAUUAACAAUCGUUCUGUAGAACUAAAUGAUUACUACUUAAACAAUGUUGUUGAUGAACAGAUAGAUAAACUAAGAUUGAAACUACAAACUAAUUUAAAAGAUGUCAUUCAGAAAAACAAGUGGUUAAACAACGAUACAGUAUCAAAUGCAGUAUUAACUUCAAUAACCAGUCUAUUCAGCGAGUUGAUUCAAUUACAAUCUAUUAAAAACAUACCAGAUUAUCCAAAUACAUGGUGGGGAUUAGAAACUUUAUUGGAUCCAAUUAUACUAAAAUUCAAUUAUCAUUUCGAUACUCCAAAAAAAGAUACAAAUAAAUUAUCAAAACCUGAAUGGUGUUUACAAUAUAUUGAAACUUUUUUAGAUGAUAAUUUAUCAUUGAUUAAUAUAAUAGUUGAUCCAAGUUUUAGAAUAUUAAACAAAAUUGGAACUUAUGAGAAUAUAACUUGUUUGUUGAUACCCAUUAGAACUAAAAUUAAUAAGAUGAUUCAAAUAAUAAAUAAAAAUAUUAAUGAAGUAAACACUAAUGAUAAUGCAACUAUUGAAAAAUAUGGUAGAUUAUUGACUCAUUUAAUAUAUGAAGUAUCAUCAUUUGAUCAAAGAUUAAGAAAUAAAUAUAAAUACAAUCCAAACGUUACGAACUAUAAUGAAACAACCAAUUUAAAAUGGACUGGUAUAGCAGGAGAUAUAUUUUUAGAUAAUGAAAACAAAGCAUUUGAAAAUUGGUUGAAUUUUGAAAACAAAUUAGCAAUAAAAAGAUAUCAAAAUGAAAUCAUAAAUAAAGAAGAUUCUUUUAAAAUAGAUUAUGAUUAUCAUACUACGUCUAAUAAAUUAAUACUAAAACCUACAUACUCAUCAUACGGAUUUAUAAAAUUAAUGAAUAAUUUAAAUAGUCAUUUACAACAAAUUAGAGUAUUCAAAUUUAAUAUGAAAUAUAUUAGUAAAAUUCAAUUAAAUUUAUUAGAUCUUUAUUUAAAUGAAAUAAAUAAACAAUUUAAAAUGGUCAAUGACAAAUUAAAUAUAAAAAAUGUAUUAAACAUUAUCCCAGGUGGUAUAAGUGAUGAUAAAUCAAAUAAAACAACAACUAACCAAGAAUCAGAAAGUUUGAAAAAUUUAGAAAACUUACUAGAAGUUUAUUGUUCAACGAAAUACGCAAUUAAUCAAAUGGAACAAUGGAGUGAAGAAUUUUUAUUUAUACAAUUAUGGGAUAAAUAUAAAUCAUUAAAUAAGGAAGCUAAAGUUCAAGAAGUAAGAGAUUACUAUUACAACAAUAAUAAUGCAGAUGAUCAAGAUGAUGGGAUUUUUGGAUCUUUUAUUAUUGAUUAUGAAAAAUUAUUAAUUAAAACUACUAAUCAAAUUAAAAAGGAAUUAUUGACUUUAAGAGAUUUGAAAUUGGAAUUAAUUUCGAAAUCUGUUUCUAAUUUAGAUUAUCUAACAUUUACAAAUUCUAUAUAG